GAAAUUUUGGCCAUCUUCGGCCAUUUUUAAGAUUCGGAAUAUCUUCGUGUCGGUGUUAACGUAAAAAAGUCCCUAGACCGGUUGUCCACCACAGGAGAAAACUCUUAUUCCGGUUGUCAUGGAAACAAGAAGCAGGAAACAACAUGGUGGGUGGGAAAAGUCUGUUUUCGUAACAGUUGGAACAACAAGAUUUGAUAAACUGAUUGAAACAGUUUGCUGCGCGAGUACAUUAAAGUGUCUACAGAUGUUGGGUUAUAAGAAAGUGCUGUUGCAGGUUGGAGCUGGUGAGGUUGAACCAACAGAGUCCACAGUUCAGGGUAUCACUGUUGAUUCCUAUAGGUUCAAGCCUUCAAUAAAGGAAGAUAUUGACUCAGCUGACCUUGUUAUUAGUCAUGCAGGGGCAGGUAGCUGCCUUGAGACACUUGGUGCUGGUAAGAAACUUCUAGUGGUGAUAAAUGACGAGUUGAUGGGUAACCACCAAUUAGAGCUGGCUUAUCAGUUACAUCAAGAUCAACACCUGUAUUACUGUAAUUGCAAAAAUCUUGUGGAAACAUUAGAAACUUCAGAUUUUGAAAAGUUGGUGCCGUUCCAGCCAGGGAAACCAGAAAUCUUUGCACAAUUUCUUGAUAAAAUGAUGGGAUUUUCAUCACCAUGACAGUAUCUAAACUGAGCUCAGACAUGCAAUAAUUUAUGUGUUCAUCACCAGUAAAAGUUGGAUAUCUG